AUGACUCACCCUUCCACACGCACCAGCCCCGUUCACACACAGUCAAAAUCCGGCAUCUUCAAACCCAAAUUUCGCUCCAAUUUCUCGGUUUGCUAUCCUUUUACUUAUGCAUAUAUUUCUUUGGUUGAUUAUGAUCUUGAGCCUACAUGCUACUUUCAGGCUUCUCGAUUUUCUCAUUGGCAACAGGCUAUGCAUAAUGAGUUUAAUGCCCUCCUUAAGCAGGGUACUUGGUCCUUGGUUCCAUUGCCUCAAUCUGCUCAUGUUGUGGGUUGCAAGUGGGUUUUCAAAAUCAACCGUCACUCUAAGGGCAGCAUUGAAUGCUACAAGGCACGUUCGGUGGCCAAGGGUUAUCAUCAACAACCCAGAAUUGACUAUUUUGACACCUACAGCCUUGUUGUGAAACCCACCAACAUUCGCACUGUCCUCAGUAUUGCAAUCUUCUCUGGUUGGCCUCUUAUCCAGUUAAACGUCAAAAAUGCGUUUCUUCAUGGCACAAUUUCGGAAGCAGUCUAUAUGUAG